CAGCGGUUCAAUGCAGCCUCUCUCGGCCUUCAGGUUCGCAUCAGGCCCUUUCCUCUCCUCAUCGCCACUGGCGGAGUCUACAUGGGAUACGACCAGUACGUCCACUACAAGUACCGGGAGCUAACAAAGAUUGGUAUCGAGGUGCCUCCACGCAUCGCCAAUGAAACCCAGCUGCCCCUCCCCCCAGGCAGACCAGUCCUCCUCCAGUCUCUCACUGUCACCAGUCAGCUGCAGCUCCUCUCAGAUCAGCUGUGAAACAGUCACCCCACCUUCUGGCACCCUGCCUCUGCACACUGGUACAAAAUAACUUUGAGGCCCCUGGAACCCGGAGAGAGAGAGAGAGAUGACAGAGAGCGAAGAGAGGGCGCGAACGGAUUACCCCCCUUCACCACGUCACAUCCGUCCUACCAGAGAAGGGGGAUUGGCUUGAGAAUAGCGGAGCGAGAGAACAAGAUCCAGCGAGAGAACAGACGUGUGCACACUGAGCGAGAGAGAGGCAGCCCCAGUGAAAGAAGUGUCUAAUCUCCCCACACCUUCAGUGAUAAUGUGUCAGAGCAGGAACCUGCAGCGGGCAGCAGCGCGGAGCUCAGGGAAAUGGUGAGAUGCUGCAAGUCUUUGCACAGCCCUCCGUCUUGCUACAAUCUCCACAGAGUUAGGGUUGAUGUGCGCCGGCUCCGGCCGAUCAGCUCCUCUGGGGAGCAGGGGGGAGUCAGCGGCGGCAACAGCUCAGGCCAGGGGGCCCAAGCACUCAGCCACAGGAACCGAUUCAGGUUGCAGUUCCCUCAGUUGGCCUUGCGGCGUCGUCUUGGCCAGUUGAGCUGCAUGUCCCGGCCCGCCUUGCGGCUGCGCUCAUGGCCGCUCAGCUUCCUCUACUACUUCCUGACCUUCGGUGCACUCAAGCCCCUGGCCAAGGUUGGCUGGAGACCAACAAGCAGGGUUGCUCUGUACAAGACCAUCCCGACACGGCUGCUGUCUCGGGCCUGGGGUCGGCUGAACCAGGUGGAGCUGCCGACCUGGCUGAGGAAGCCAGUCUACAGUCUGUAUAUCUGGACGUUUGGUGUCAACAUGCAGGAGGCUGCUGUGGAAGACCUAAUUCAGUACAGGAACCUGGGAGAGUUCUUUAGACGGAAACUCAAACCGGCUAUCCGGCCCGUGUGCGACUCACACUGCGUGAUCAGCCCAGCAGAUGGGAAGAUCCUGCACUUUGGGCGAGUGCGGAACUGUGAGGUGGAGCAAGUCAAAGGAGUCACCUACUCUCUGGAGACCUUCCUGGGACCACACACCUGGGCUGAGGCCAUCAACAGUACCAUCAAGCCAUCAAAUGAAGAGGACCCCAGCUCGUUUCAGGACCUGCUGGUGACUAAAGAGGAGAAUGAGCUGUUCCACUGUGUGGUGUACCUGGCUCCAGGAGACUACCACUGCUUCCACUCCCCCACAGACUGGAGGGUGGCCCACAGAAGACACUUCCCCGGCUCUCUGAUGUCAGUGAACCCUGGCGUGGCCCGCUGGAUCAAAGAACUGUUCUGCCAUAAUGAGAGGGUGGUGUUGAGCGGAGAGUGGACACACGGCUUCUUCUCCCUCACCGCUGUAGGGGCCACCAACGUGGGCUCCAUACGUAUCUACUUUGACAAGGAGCUGCGCACUAACAGCCCACGCUACAGCAAAGGCUCGUACAACGACUUCAGCUACUUGUCCAACAACAACCAGGAGGGCGUGAGCAUGAGGAAAGGGGAGCACCUGGGAGAGUUCAACCUGGGCUCCACUAUAGUCCUUCUCUUCGAGGCUCCGCACGACUUCAGCUUCAACCUGAAGGCCGGCCAGAAGAUCCGCUAUGGAGAACCUCUGGGGACUGUGAGCCGAGAUGGCCAACCAGAGAGACACUUUCUGGGGGGAAACGGACUAAAAUAAACUGAUGGAUACACUAACAUGUGUGUACAGAUUUGAGCGGAGGUGCACAGGCUGACUUAGACACACUCAUUCACGUACGGCUGGCAUACGACACACUCAUUCACGUACGGCUGGCAUACGACACACUGAUGGACUUACAGAAAAAACUCAGUCACCACUGUUGCAUUACUACUAAGGGGUCUCCCCGUUUCUUUGACUAGAGUUUCUAUUAACAAUUUACUUAUUGCCAGUUGGACAGUUGAUUACAACUAGUGUACAUACCUGACCAGCAAAAGCAAGAUAGUUUAUAGCAAUUAGUUACAUUUACAUUCCAUAAGAAUAAUGACAUAGCUUUAAAAAAAAUUGUUGCUAAAUUAUACCCAUAUUGCCUUUUGUCAGGGGUAUCCUCUUCAACUAGGAGUUCCUCCUGAGAUUUCAGACACAAGCAGCAAGACACCAGCCUGAUUACAGAUCUGGCUAGUGCUGUGUAGCCCAACUCAUAUGGCCAUUGGCAAUACAUCACAAACAGAUCUGGGACCAGGCUAGCAAGACACAUCUCCACACAUACAGAUAACCCCUGUCACACACAGCCUCUAUCAUGUGGACAGGCUUCCCUAUACAAUGUACAGUAUACACACACCUACAGUACACAUACCACGAAGAAGGAAUGUACCAGAGGCCACACGUCUACCCUCUUCCUUCUCUAAUUUCCCUCCCUCCUUCAUUCUGAUACUGAAUGCCUUCCUGUUCUCCUUUGGUCUCUCCCUCUUCUGCCAUCCCCAGAGAAGGUGCUUGUGUUGGGGGUGAUUAUGUGGACUCUUCCCUCCCUGUGAUGGAGGUACAGACUGGCACCACUCCUCCCAGUCAGACGAGUCUGGGUCGUAUUCAUUAGGCACCUGCCAGAAGAAAACAGGCUGAAUACCUGGACUUUCCGUUGUAAAAUGUUUUGCCUCAGUCUGCCCUAAUAAAUACAACCCUGUUGUAGUAAGCCCAUGAUGUACGAUCUCUGCCAUCCCAACAAUGUGUUGUUAAUCAUCAUUAGAGUGGUAGCUAGUAGUGCUGCCUGCCUGAUGCCAAUUAUCGCUGUUGUUUUACUGUAAGUGAUGCCUAACAGGCAGUGCUUGACUUGGGACUGAGCUACCCGGAGGCCUUACCGACACUUCAAAUGUUUGAUGAAUUGCGUACCGGCUCCUCUAUAAAACAAAGUAGCCUGUCACCGGUCUAGAUUCAUACACAGAGGCAAAAAGGUUUGAUCAAAGUGGAAUGAAGGCAGGAUCUGCGUUGACUAGCAAUGGCCAAUGGGCAUUCAUUUUCUGAUUCCGCUUCGUUCAAGUUUAUUUUCCACUAGUCUGUGAAUCUGUGACUGACAGUAGGAUGUCAGUUCAAGAUUGUGCCUAUUGAAAAUGAGCCAGCCUGAAUGCGCAUAAACCCUCUUUUGGCAAAAGCCCUUCAUCAGGUCAUGAAAAGGCAUGGAAAUGUAUUUCAUGAUUUUUGCUAAUGUAAUUCAUGAAGGCACACUUAAAAAUGGACAUAUCAGCCAUCAUCGGAAUGACCCUUCAGUGUGUGUCUCUGUGCUCAUUUCUGCUGCAGGUAACAUUAAAAAAAAAUGGAACAAUUGACAAAUAAAUUGCUGUGCAUAGAUCUCCCCUGAAGAAUGAAUAUUUGAGCCUUAUAUAUAAACAUGUCUAGUGACACCUUGCUUUGAAGUAGCCUACCUUAUCCAUUUGAUCCCUGAUUCAUUUAAUGAGGGAAUCAUUUGAUAAAAACUAAAGUAUUUGGUUGUAAUGUUGCUAUAUUUUAUAUGAAAUGUGGCACCAUCCACCAGGACAGCUACUGGGUGUGCAGGCUUUUGUUCCAGCCCUGGUCUAACCACAUUGUAGCAUUAUGGAAUGGAAUGGAAAAUGUGUAUGAACUCCUAAAAUAGUCUCUGUAGCAUACCAGUUGUGUAUUUCGGUGAACAUGAUCUAACGGAUGGACUUGGAAAAAGACAGCUCCUGCACUACUUUCAUUCCAAGUCAAGCACUGCUAACAGGUGUCUACACGGAGGGGGUUCAAACCAGGUGGAUCUCUUCUAUUGGAGUUCUAUUGUAGUGUUACAAUUUAGCAUGCCAGCAUAACUCACUCACAUGGCACUUUCAUUCCUAAAUGACUGCUAAAAGGUGUAUGUCACAUUGAAUACACAUUGUUUAACAUAUGAUAAUGAGUUGAGAUGAUUGAUGACGUGUGUUAAUCUAACCCAAUCCAUUAAUGGACUAAAUCCUGACGUAUUCCUCUGAAUGGAGCCAUACCUUUUUAUGCUAAUAUACAGUACAGCCCUCUGACCGUCAUUCCAAAAACAAACCGACGACAAUGUGCAGCACUGGUGGUAGGAUCAUUGGAGAGAAUGUGGAAACUGGUACUGGCAACUCAUACUUUUGUCUUCUACUGUUCGGUUGAAUUGGAAUAAGUUGUUACUGGAAGUUAUCUGCCUAUGACAGUGUUAAAUAGCUAAAACUUUUGUUAAGACUGUAAAGCUUAAGUUAUGCUGAUAUCAAUACUAACUAUGUAUCAUGCACUUACCGUAUAAUGAUUGUGAGACCCUUGGCGGAACGUUCAGAUACCCAGGGCUGAGCUGUUUUAAAGCUAUUUUUUUUCUGUAGUUCUGUUUGUUUUAUAGUAGUGCCAAAAAUCUAUUUGGGGAAUUUUAGUUUUUCAAUUUAUUUUUUAUUUGUUUUGCUUUGAACAAAUGUGGACAUUGGUGCUUUUUGUGUUGCUGCUGCUGGAUUAAUUCUCUGCAUAAGGGGGUAGAGACCUCACCUGACUCUGACCCCUCGGUAAAGGAACUCUGAACCUUUAACUUUAGCCUCGGAGGAGUGGGGGUCACAGAUGUGACAGACCGGGGAGAUGCCGGUGACACAAACUCCCCUUGGCUACAUCGUCGUUCCACAAAGUGUUGCAUACAGAAACCAAACACUGGGGUCUGGCCUGGCUACUGCCUGUUGCACACUUGUUUUUAUAUGUACAUUGUAAUAUACUUGAAUCAUGUGACUCAUUCAACACUGCAUAGAUUUUAACCUAAAUUGUUUGAAAAGCAAGAAAACAUGUCUAAUAAAUUUUUGCGUAUUCUUAAAAA